ACUUCUAUUUAUGCUUCUUAGAAAUAAAUAUUUUGAUUUUGACUUAGAUUGUGCUGGCGGUCUCUGGCAGGUGGAGCUCCAAAUAAGAUGGGUGGCACAUGUAAUAAGGUAUAGUUGAAGCCUCAGAGAUGUUCAGUGACUGGCCAUCAGAACUAGUACCUCAGCAAGGAUGGGGUGAUGAAGCAGCCAUCAGUGCUUUUAAGGAUGCCAUACCAUGGUCUGUAGGGCGAGACUUUGUGGCAGGCACUGCCAAACACCUUGCUACAAGUCUUGGCCUUACCAAGCCUGGGCCUCCUAUUAAGAGCAAGAUUAUACAUGAUAAACAGCUGCAAGUUCUCAUGCCUGCACUUGGUCAUGGAUUAAGCUUCCCACUCUCUGAGAUAGAUAUUCUGCGAGAUUGUGUGAGCGUCUAUUGUGAAUGGCUUUCAGCACUUCUACCAAAUCCCAAGAGCAGUGUUCCUGGCCCAAUUCUUAAUGAUCCAAAUCAUUAUGCCAGGAUAAUAAUCAAUCAUUUUUAUUAUCUCUUUGUUCCAAGAGGAGCUCAAGGUAAAUGUUUUAAAAUGUAUAUUUUGUUAGCCAUACAUGUUAACAUGAUACUGUACCAUUAUUAUAUCUGUUUUGCAGAUGAGAAUGAGGUUACACCCAGCUCCACUCUAAGUCUAAACUUUACUGGAGAUGUGCCUGAGGAUGCGGGAGAGCAGUUGUGUGAGCGUGUAUUAAGUGUGCUCUUCGAAACCUGGCUUUUGGCCUGUGCUCGCUGCUUCCCUCCACCACCACUCUGGAAUGCGUUAAGGGAGAGUUGUCAACGAUGGCGUCAUCGUGUUGGGCUCAUUGACCAGUGGAACAGGAUCAACUUUGCAUUGACUCGUAAACUUAUUGGUUUCAUGUAUGGACCCACCUUUCCUGAAAUCAUAAUAUCUGCUGAGGAUGACCUUAACAUUAUUCCUACAAAUAUGAGCCGUGACUGCAUUGCACAAGUUUGGUACCGCAUCUUGCAUAUCAUUGGAAACCCAGUGGAUCUGAGUCGGCAUACUGUCAUCAGCAAAACACCAGCUUUCCUCAAGUAUGCAAUUUCAUCAGCACUGGUUAUUGAGCCCAGCCAACAUCCUUGUCUCCAGAUGUUGCCCUCAAUUUUUCUCUCUGCCAUGAAAGGAGUCUCAGGAUUAGUAGAUGCUUUCUUAGGCGUUCCCAAUACAUCGUUAGAUAACCUUAGUCAUAAAGGUCGCCAAAUCUCCCCUUCAUCUACGCUGUCUUUGUCUUCAGAUUGUAAAGGUGAUGAUACCUCUCGAUUUUUGGCAAGUGGAAGACCCAAAUGUAAUAGUAUUUUGCAUCUUUUUGGUCCCUGGCUAUUUGAGGCAGCUCUUAUUAACUGCAAUUUACAAGCUAGCCCAGGACCACAGCACAAAUCAGAUGUAAGUGGGACUGCCAGUUCUGGGUCACGUAGACCAGUUUCUGUUUUUGUUGGUGAGAGUAGAAAGUUAAGUGAUUCAUCGGUGCCAGGAGAGUCUCAUGCUGAUCGUCUUGCCAAUCUUACUCCUCAACACUUCCAGAGUGGAAGAGCUGAGGCACUUGGCGCACUCUGCAGGAUAUUUUGUUCUAAAAAAACUGGUGAAGAAAUUUUGCCGGUAUACUUAGCUCGAUUCUACAUCGCUCUGCACCAAGGUCUGCGUCAGAGUGAUCCUUCUGUCCCUGCUCCCCAUCAUGACGCCAGUCAGGGCUCGUCCAGCCGUCAUAGUAUCAGGACUGGAAUAUGUAGUGAAACUGCAGCAAGUAUCCUGAUGAAUGGCGUGGAUUUAUUCCGCUUGGACCUGCAGGGUGUGAUCAGCUUGGUGCCCAGUGUUUUGGGAGUGUUGGAGUGUGUACUGCCAGAAGGAGAGCUCACUGCUCCUUCCCACCUUCCAGUGACACUCUUGCGUCGAGCAGCCACCCAUGUCUUGCUCUCCAUCCUUCCAUUGCCUCUUCACUUUCAGGGUUUACAAGUAAAAGAAGUUGGCAGUAACAGUGGUGAAAGAUUGUCCCUAUCCCACCUUCGUCCCCAGCUUGUCAACCUUCUGACAAAUGCUCUCCAAGUGGAGACUGAUCCAGCAAAUACCCAAAUGCUUCUAGGGGGACUACUUUUCUGUGUCCAAGAUGCUGCUCUUUGUGAAGUUAUGGACUCCAUUUCACAGCAUAACUUUUCAACAGAUCGAGAUCACAACAUUAUGUCUUCUGGUGCCUCAGACACAGUUAGUUCGCAUGGUGACUAUAACAGUCUCCUGGACGAGAGCUGCGACACGCUGCCUGAAGGAAGUCUCGGCCAAGUUGGCUCCCCAAACUUCACCAGUGCAGCCACUAGCCAUGCAACCUUGCCGAGUACUACAGAGGGUGAAGCUCUGCAGGUCUUAGAAGAUUCUGGUAAAGCAAGUCAUGUUAUUACACAUUUACCAGAUGGGUUAGAGUGCAAACGUGCCGUGAAAUGGUUAUGCGACUACAUAGCAUAUCAGUGCUCGAGACCACCCAGGGCACACUCCAAGGAUCUGCACUCAACCAUUGUUGCAGCAUUCCAUUGUGCAAGUGUGUGGCUGGUUGCUCACCCAUACCUACUCCAGGAUAAAGAAUGUCUGUCAACAGUACUGGAAGUUGUGGAGCUUGGCAUCUCAGGAUCAAAGUCACAAGUUAAGUCCAGUGAUGCCCCUCGUCUGAAGCACGAGAAAGAGCUGAAGCCAGCCAGUAUGCGAGUGCGAGACUCUGCUGAAGCUUUAUUGUCUUGCGUGCUCUCACAAGUUGGCACUUUUCCAUCGGUGUGCGGUGCUGAAUCAUUAUCAUCACUAUUAGAUGAGGUGACUCUUCUGCGACACUGUAACACCUGGGGUGGUUCAGACCAGCUCACACGAGACUCUGCAGCUCAGCACUUCAGAUAUUUUGUUGCCCAAAAUUCAAUUAUGCUGGCCCUCUUAGAACAACCGCUUGGCAAUCAUCAAGAUCCUCAGCCAACAGUAACAGCACUCAUACGUGGGCCAUUUGGUAGAGUGGCAUGGACCAUGCAGCUUCGUCAUUUACCCAGGCACAAAUCAUCAGCAAAGCUGUACACAGUUAACCCAGGACGUCCUUUGCCCAUGAACGAUGUAGGAAUUAAGCACAGCGUCAAGCCUAAGUACUUCCCUGACAGUGUUGACAGGAUACCUCUUUGUAAAGCGGACAAAUCCAUUCCAUCGUUGGAGAGUGUGAUCAUGAAUGAUGAAAGAUCUGCACUGGAACACGAUAAGCUUCUUCAAAUAUUGGAUCACCAGAUUGCAUUUGAAGAAAACACAAGGCGACAGGUUGAGAGAGAGACCUCUGAGUACCCAGAUGUUGAAACAGAAUGUGUUGCUCCUCCACUAUGCCUAGAAUUCCAGACAGCUCGUCUUUUGCUGUCUCACUUUGGAUUUUUAUCUAUUGAUGCACUGCAGGAAUCAGUUGAGUCUGCAGUACCAUCUUUGGUUGCUUUGGACUCGAGUAUAGCUGGAUUUGCUCGAGAUAUUGAUAUUCUUGAUACUACCAACAAUAGAACUGUGGAUACAGCACAUGUUUUUUAUGUCCAAGCUGGUCAAAGUGCACCACAAGAUAUUCUCUCAAAUGUGGUGACUUCCAGUUCUGUACAUCCUCAUUUCUUGGAAUUGUUAAAUGGUCUGGGAUGGACUGUGUGUGUUCACCAGCACCCAGGCUGGACUGGUCACACAUCUACUGCUUUCACAGUUACUUCACCACCAACUGAUGGAGCAGUUGAUGGAAACCAUGGCGGCAGUGGCUUCAGUGGACGCUCCCAUGUAUUAUACUGGUCUGAUGCCCUCAGUGAGAUAGCCUUUGUUGUGCCUGCACCAACACUUGGUAAUCAAUCCUCUGGCACCCAACCACCAAGCACAAGUAAUGUUAAUAUGGUUGGAUUUGUUCUUGAGCCAUGUGAUCGUGUUAGUGGUGGUGGCGGGUCUGGUAGUGAACGCUCAGAUUCUCUUCCUCCUUAUGAUACUGAUGUAGAUGCUGGAUCAUCAAUUUCCUCACAUACUUCCCAGAUGUCAUAUGGUCAUGGAAGUGACAACAAACACCGGAAAUUUGGUCGGCAAACAAGUGCCAUGUCUUGUAGUGACCACAAAGUGUACAUAGUGUGGAUGGAGAGUUUUGAUGAUUGUUACACAUUCCCAGCAAAUGAACUGCUAUGCGAGACUGUAACAGGCUUAGAAUCCAGCUCGUGGAAGGACAAAGAAGCUAAUGUAUAUAUUAUCUUCAUACAUCCCCUCACUAAUGGACUUUUCAGAAUAAAACUUCAGGGACAGAAUGCAAAAUUAAACAUGGCUGGUCCACUAGUAGAUGGUCAAGUGGUUAGCAGACGAGUUCUGGGCACACUCGUUAGACAGACUGCCCUCAAUAUGUGUAGACGUAGAAGACUAGAGAGCGACAGUUAUCAACCUCCUCAUGUUCGGCGCAAGUUACGUAUUCAAGAAAUGGUGCAGAAAUAUAGAUACGAGAUGAAUGAGCCAGAGUUCUACACCCACUUAUUUACCAGUCCUUUAUGUUAAUUACAACAAUUUUGUUAAUAAUUUAGAAUAGAAUUUACAGUCUGAGUAGUUACAGCUUUGCAAUUUGAGAAAUAGUACUUAAUUAAAAUGGGUAUAUGUACUGUGUUAGAAAUUUAUAUACAAUACAUAAGAACUCGCAUUCUGAUAAACUUUAACAGCAGUUAGUUUGACAAAAGGAAAAAAUGUAAAAAUCAAGAAUAUUUACAAAUUGCUGUUAAAGUUGUAAUACCAAAGAAUACUUGUGAUUUUUUUAUAUAAUUAAUGUUUGAAUUUUAAUUAUUCUAAACUGUAUUUGCCAGGGUUGUGAACAUUUAAUAUAGUUUAAUUUUUUCUUUAAAAGUGUGGCUUAAUUUGAUAUUGGAAUCUGUAAUUAAUUUAUUUCUAAUGGACUUGUGGUAUUAAUUUUAACCUAAGUUUUUCUAGUGUAAUUAACAUUGUUUUUCCUUGUUGAUAUUAUUGAUUUUUUAAAUUAGUGUCUUUGAAACUUAUCUGGUAGGAUGCAUAAGUUUUUAUAUAAAAAUAUGUAUGAUAUAUAAUGUAUAUGCUACAGUUUAAUAUUUAGCUAUUAAGAUUGGAUGCACUGUAAUAUAUGUAUAUAUUUUCAACUAUUAGGAUACAAACUACAUGUGUCAGUGGUUCGCUUUUUUUUAUAUAUAUCAUCUUAUAUACCUUCAGGAUUAAUGCUCAUGUUUGUUUUAUUUUUCUAUAUUGGUGUGACUUCACAACCUGUCAACUGGAAGAGGAAAUAAAUAAAAAAAUUUUUUUUAA